CGUUAUCUUUAUCAACGAGUCGCGACCAAAGUACGGAGCGGCGGACCUUCAUCAGUACAUGCUGACAGCUGGGACAGGCUGCACUCUGUGAAAGGUUUGUGUGUUAAAGAGUGCGUACGCAACUGGUCAUGGGGUCGUUCGGAGGUCACGCUCUGCCAGGUUCCUUCUUCAUCCUCUUUGCGAUAUGGUACACCGUCCAGUCCUUCAGGAGGUACUUCCAGUGCCGGGAGAAUGGCGCCAGGUUUACAUCCACCGUUACCUUCCCCUGUUCCUGCCUCUGCGGCAGAUUCAAACACUGGCCUGUUGAAAGCAUGAUCAAACUAUUCUUCAUCGCCGUCGGAUUGACAGUUGAGAUCUCUGCCGGUUUCGUCGACGGGAAAUUCAGAAGCAUUGUCAAUGGACAACACGCGACCAUGUUCUUCUUCUUUGGCAUCACUGGACUCAUCGAUAUUCUCGUGCACUGCCGAGCCCCUCUUCCACCUGAUACUGACUACAUCUCAAACGCAAUAGCUUUUGGUGUUGAGGCCCUGCUGUUCAACUUCCAUCUGUACGGGAGAACCCCCUUGGAUGUUCUUGUGCACGUUCUUCUGCUGUACGUCAUCCUGGCCAGCAUAGUUUGUGUGUUUGUAGAGAUGCGGUACCGACAUAACCUGUUGUCCCCACUUGGACGGGCUUACCUAAUGCUGAUGCAAGGAACGUGGUUCUGGCAGGUGGGAUUCAUUCUUUACCCUCCACUCGAUGGUGCAAAGUGGAAUGAGAAUGAUCACGGACAGCUGAUGCUCGCCACUAUGUAUUUUACAUGGCAUGGUGGUGUCAAUUUCAUUCUCAUGCUUCUCAUUGGAGCUGUCAUUGCAUGUCACUAUCGACGUCGUAACGGUUACUACAGUAACGAGCUAAACAUGAAACGGCUUAUACGUUCAUCAGGGCAACAGAAAAGCGUAAGUGGCGAAAGUGGAUCCGAGGUAGAGUUUGAAAAACCGGUCAACGGACCUUGAGUUGUAAUACUCAAGUAUUCUGAUUAAGUAUUCAUGCACUGAACUGUUCUUUCGUACCGCGAGCUGAAGUUUAUCUAUCUCACGCGUGAUGCAAAAUAUGUUUCGUGACAGAAAUGAACAUGAAACAGACAUUUCUGAGCUCUGGAUAAUUAUGUAUUUGGUAUAACAAUACGAUUGGUUUCUGGUUCAACAUAUUUGUGUCUAUUCAAUGUGUUUGCUUUACCGUGCUUUAUAAAAGACAAAAAUAUACAAUUAGCGUGUAAUCGUUGAUAGAACUGGUGGUGAUUCUGCAGUAAUGCAUUUAUUCAUUGAAUGCAUUGUUACUGUGCGUUAUGAUCUUCAGCAACACACAGUCAGAGUCUGCUUUGGCGUAUAAAAAUGCUUUGUGUACAACCAAUUGCUUAACAAAUUAUAAGUAACCUUAUAUGGAGAGGUGUAUUAGUUGAGAAAAAGUUAUAAAUCAUCGAGUUUCGAUGCA